AUGGCACAGCGCCAGGCACAGAGUCAGGCCAGAAAGAUUGACAGCCUGAGUCCUGGGGGACCCCACGGUGGUGACACAUGGGAGCAGCACGAACACCAUUAUUUCCACAGCUCCUAUUUACACAAGACCAUUGGCUUCACCCCCAGCCUGGGCGAUAUACCCGCGGAGCCCGCAGACUCAAGGCUGCUGCCUUCCUGGAGAGCGCCCGAGCUGGAGACCUUCCAGUGCCACCAGAAGAAACAUGGAGUCUACAAGCCCAAUAAAAUCUUUGGGGUGACAACCCCGAAUGUGGUAAGAGCCAAUGCUUUUGUUGCAGAACUGAAGAGUUUGGAUCCAGCUCGAGUCAACUCGCCUGCCAUCGGUGGCCGUGCCGGGAAGACCAUCAUCCCCCUGCUCUCCCAGUGCACGCCCAAGGUGGGCUUUCCGGACCAGCUGACAGCCCUCACUGGGCGCAUCCAGGAGGCCGGCACGGAGGUGGUCGACGCUAAAGCUGGAGCAGGCUCUGCCACCCUGUCCAUGGAGAAUGCUGGAGCCUGGUUUGUCUUUUCCCUUGUGGAUGCAAUCAACGGAAAGGAAGGAGUUGUCGAAUGUUCCUUUGUUAAGUCCCAAGAAACGGAGCGUCCCUAUUUCUCCACACCAUUGCAGCUGGGGACAAAGGGCAUGGAGAAGGACCUCGGCAUCGGCCAAAUCUGCCCUUUUGAGGAGAAGAUGGGAGCUGAGGCCAUUCCUGAGCUGAAGGCCUCAAUCAAGAAAGGAGAGGAGUUCGUAAAGAACAUGAAGUGA